AUGAAAGACAUGGAGCCACUUAUGGACGCCUUGGGUUCAAACUGUAAUAAUGCAGGUUGGCAACAUUGGCUCACUGAUGCAAAGUAUGCGCACGUGGGUCAAAAUGAAGGUGACAGGAUUGCGUGCAAAUUUAUGACAAUUGCUUUAUAUUUCCUGAAAGGAUGGAGUCAAACUGGAAAAAUCCCUUAUGAUGAGAAAGAGAAUGAUAUGAAGUUGAAAGGUUACAUGAGAUGUGCAGUAGUGCAUAUGUUCACGGACAUAUUGUUUGAAUCCGUGUGUAGAAGUAAAUGGGGUACAUUUUAUGCAUGGUACUCGGUGGAUGGAAUGAUGAAGGACGGAGGAAUAACUAGGUCAGCCGGUACGCAAAAAUGCGCGAUGGACCGACUGAUGGAUAUAACGCGCGGCAAUUGGAGUAUGAGUGAGGAGAUUAAAGAAAGGUUAAGGAACAAUGACAGACUAAAAAGUAUGAUAGCAGGGGAAAGAAUGAAAGCGGCGUGUCAGAAAAAAAUAAGGAAGGAGCAGACGAAGGAGAAUAGACCGCUGGAUGAGCAAGAGCAGACUAACCAGGAGAGAUGGGAAAUAAAUGUGAAAGAGAAAUUGAACAAAAGAAUGAAGAAAGUUCUGAACAAAGUUGAAAGGGCAAGAUCCGGGAAAGGACAACACGAUACGGAUGAGACGGAUUCCGAUGAAGAGGAAACCCUGAGUGAAACUGACGAAGCGGAUGAGAAGGACAUGGAAAUUGAAGACGGUAAGUACACGAAUAGCAACAAUACGAAUAUGAAUACCCAUACACACGGCACGAAUAAGAAAAGCAAGGAGAAGAACGAGAAGUCGGACGGCGCAAUAUCAACACCAGUAGUACCACCGAAGAAACCAGACGCUCCACAAGCGGAUGCAGCACCAAAAACCUCCACAACUACCCAAACACCUGGACACGGUCAGGGAUCCGGAGAUAAGAGUAAGGAUGUACCUGAAGGACACACUGAAGACGCAGGUCAAGAUACUGAGAAGGAUAGCUGGAGUAAGGAUGGAGCAGGCGCCCAAUCAACGGAAGCACCCGCAUCAGCACCAUCAGAAUCAACACCAACAGCUCCAUCACGUGAAUCCGGUGCAAAGGGUACAACGGGUGCUUCAGGUUCCCCAGCGCAGGACGGUGAAACCGGUCCUUCCGGUCCAGCGGGUAAACAUGGUGAACCCGGUAACAGUGGUGGAGGUUCCGUCAUCGACGGCGGUAACGAUGAACCCCCUCCUCUCAAUCCACCCAAACCAAAACCACCAACCACGAGCCCAACUCAAUCGGGUAGUAGUGGCAGUUUCAGUGACGCUGAUUUGGCGGAUGGAGUGCCUGGUGGGGCAGGAAAGGGAGGUGGUGAUGGUACGGGAACCGUUUCCACGGGGGAUUUCAGCGGUCUCGACCUACAUACUCCUGGUGCGGCCGGAACAGGUAAUCCUGGCGGAUCCCAUGCACUAUGGACGCCAAGCGAUGGAUUAAAUGGGCAACCAGCACAAUCAGGUCCUUUACCUGGCCCAGAGGACAAAAUCCCAGGUGAAACUACAGAUGGCAGCGGCCCCUACCCACCUGACCUAACCGGUGUUGUCCUUACCGCCACUACUCCGAUCCUGUUGUUCGUCGCUUCCGUCAUCGUGGCCGUUCUUGGUUAUUCCCUUUGGAAGGCAAGUACACUAGGUACAUCAUGGGGUAAUUUAACAAGCCAUUAUGACACCACGGAUGUAAUUUCAACCCUAUCUUUGAGUGAUGGACCGGACUCAGCUAAACUGGAUCCACUUAAUUUUUACGACGAUCAUGCGACGGGUAGUCCGGUGAAGAACUCUUUGUUCGAUGACAUGCACAGAAAUUUAAAAUUCAAGGUCAAAGUAAAGAAGCCGCAGCACAAAAAGAAGACAAUGCAGGAUAUAACUGCAGGGAGCAGUUGUAGAAGAAGUUUUAAGAAAUGGACACGUUGCAAAAUGGGGAGAAGAGCAUGGAUGAAGGUUAUAGUAGUUUUCUCAGUGUUGUAUACAUUCUUUAUAUCGCCCGUAGCCCAAGCCAUCUACACUUCGUUCUUUGGACUAAGCCCAUUCAUUUCUGCGGCGUUCAUGGGCUCGUUUGGACCUUUAAUACUGAUUGUAAUUAUAUAUUUGUUCGUGCUAGUACGUUUCUGCCGCUCCAAGACAGGGAAAUGUGUACUGGAUAAAAUUUAG